GACAGUUCGGUUAUUUCGGUUAUAACCGGUAACCGAUCGGCUGGUUAUCGAUUAAUCGAAAGAAUCACUCCACUUACCGAAAACCGCCCAAAAUAGGCUUCGGUUUAUCAGUUAUCUCGGUUACCGGUUAACCGAACCACUUUUAAGACCAAAAUACAUUUCCUCCAUCCUCCGAUAACCGACCGAAAUUCGGUUACUUCGAUUACCGGUUAGUCGAUAACUAGCCAGUUAUCGGUUUAACCAGUCGGUUAACCGGUAACCGAUAACCGAACUGCCACCCCUAGUUAUUUCUAUAGUCGAACAUUAUUUUGUGACCACAAUAUAUAUCUAUAGUUAUCUAUCUGCUUAAUUUUCCCGAUAUGAAAAGCCCGUUACACAAGUCUCGACUUUCCUCCCUCGCCGCAGUGAAGCUAGCUAGGGUCCGUGGCAUCACAAGAUAUGCUGUAGUAAGGUUGACAAGAUCUGAAGCUACAAUAGGAACGAUCAUAUCCACAGAACCCUAUAUUGCUGCAGCAAGGAAAGCGGUCAUAAACGCAAUUCGCAUUAAUCCCCCACGGGCCGCAUUCGAGUUGUUCGGCAUAGAUUGGUUCGGUAUCGUCAGCCGGCCGUGCCUCCUCCUCCUUGUGCGGCGCGCUGACCUGAAGGCAGAAGAAUUGUUUCGGCCGCCGUCGCGGCCGAAGGAGUACUUCCCUACGGAUCUGUUGGCGCUAGCCGAUGAUGACACGGUGGCCGCGGCGGCGGAGUCGGUAAAAUUGGUGCUGUUGCUCUGGGUUGGGAGGAAGUACUUGUAGAUAAUUUACAAAAUUUUUUGUAAUCAAUUUAGGCCGGUGAUUACCAAAAUAGUGAUAACUAGUAGACAUGUCAUUACUUAAAUAAUACGAAAUGACACUUAAUUUCGACCUUUUCGCCUCCAUCUGCACUGCCAUUUCAACCUUCUUCUCAUUGCUCGUCCUAGACAAACCUUCGACUUGGUCAUCAUUCGCCGUUAUCGAAUUGCCGCUCUUGUCAUUUUAAUGAACUUGGUUGUCAAAA